UCCCCCGCCCUCGAGCCGCCGAGCCGGAGCCGGAGCCGCGCGCCGAGCGGGCGGAGGAGCCGCAGGGCCCCGCCGAGGCGGCAAGAUGGCGGACUUCCUGCCGUCGCGGUCCGUGCUGUCCGUGUGCUUCCCGGGCUGCGUGCUGACGAGCGGCGAGGCCGAGCAGCAGCGCAAGUCCAAGGAGAUCGACAAGUGCCUGUCGCGGGAGAAGACCUACGUGAAGCGCCUGGUGAAGAUCCUGCUGCUGGGCGCGGGCGAGAGCGGCAAGUCCACCUUCCUCAAGCAGAUGCGCAUCAUCCACGGGCAGGACUUCGAUCAGCGCGCGCGCGAGGAGUUCCGCCCCACCAUCUACAGCAACGUGAUCAAAGGUAUGAGGGUGCUGGUAGAUGCCCGAGAGAAACUCCACAUUCCUUGGGGGGAUAACUCAAACCAGCUCAAUGGAGACAAGCUGAUGGCAUUCGAUACCCGGACACCCCUGACUGCCCAGGGAAUCGUGGAAACGCAAGUUUUCUUACAGUACCUUCCUGCUAUAAGAGCGUUAUGGGCAGACAGUGGCAUACAGAAUGCCUAUGACCGGCGUCGAGAGUUUCAACUGGGUGAAUCUGUAAAAUAUUUCCUGGAUAACUUGGAUAAACUCGGAGAACCAGAGUACAUUCCGUCCCAGCAAGACAUCCUGCUCGCCAGAAGACCCACCAAAGGCAUCCACGAGUACGACUUUGAAAUCAAGAAUGUUCCUUUCAAAAUGGUUGACGUGGGUGGCCAGCGGUCAGAGCGGAAGCGCUGGUUCGAGUGCUUCGACAGCGUGACAUCCAUACUGUUCCUUGUCUCCUCGAGCGAAUUCGACCAGGUGCUCAUGGAAGACCGCCUGACCAACCGCCUGACCGAGUCUCUGAACAUUUUUGAAACCAUUGUCAAUAACCGGGUUUUCAGCAACGUCUCCAUAAUUCUCUUCUUGAACAAGACAGAUUUGCUUGAGGAGAAAGUGCAAAUUGUGAGCAUCAAAGACUAUUUCUUAGAGUUUGAAGGGGACCCCCACUGCUUAAGAGACGUCCAGAAGUUCCUGGUGGAGUGUUUCCGCAGCAAGCGCCGGGACCAGCAGCAGAAGCCCCUGUACCACCACUUCACCACGGCCAUCAACACCGAGAACAUCCGGCUGGUGUUCCGCGACGUCAAGGACACCAUCCUGCACGACAACCUCAAGCAGCUGAUGCUCCAGUGACGCCCAGAGGCUCUCCGCCUUCCCGCCUUCCUGUGUCCUGUUUGUUUUAUUUUUAAAAUAGAAGUUUACAGCAGGAAUUAGAACAGUCUUGAUUCUGGGUUUAACUCCUUGGAAAUCUCAGUCCUCCUCCCACGACUCCCGGUCCCUGGCAGAGGGCUGCCCGAGGUCGCAGCUGCGGCCUCCGUGGCGGGGCCCUCCUCCCGCCAGGCCUCAGACGAGCUGUCCUUCCGGCUUUGAACCUUGUGCUUCAAACAGCGCUCCUGUAGUGCCGAGUGCAGCAGGUGCCCCUAGCGCCGCGGGGCGAGGCUUUGCACGCACAGACCCUGGACCGAGCAGGAUGCCUCUUGGCCGCCCGCAUGCGGCAGCCGCGCCUGUGCCCAGCCUCAGUGGCCUGUUGGGAAAGGAGGGCCAUGGGGAGAAGUUUGCUCUGAGGGGUGGCGGUCCGUAGACUUCCCCGGGUUUGGCCUUCACGUUUUUUGAUUGCUCGUAUACCUAACAGUUGUUCUGAGUUUCUGUGGCUCCUGAAGGCAGUACCCUGCAUGUGUCUUAGCUUACGUCAGGAUGUCUCAUCUGGUGCUGGUAGAAGCUCACGUGUGGUUCGGUGUGCACAGGCACGUGCCAUUCCUGGUGUUUUGAUCAGAAGUCAGAAGAGAGGAGUGCAGGUCGCCGUUGUCAUCCUUAGAUAAGUCAUCCAGGUGCCAUGCGGGGAGCACUCUGCCACAGCAGCAGCUGGAGAGUGCAGCCUGAGAACAGAGCUUGCUGAUACACACAGCCCUUCCCAAGGAUAUUUUGUUUUACUCUCAGACUUUGAGGCCCCGUCUCAGACGCGGUGGGUCCCACAGUGGGAGUCCCUGUCGCACCAUCACGGAUGUGGUUCUUUCACACUCCUGCCUGUUCCCGUCAGCUCCACAUGGCAGCAUUUAUGGGGUGUUUUGGGUUUUGGGGUUUUUUGGAGCUUGCCAAGGGCAAUAUUUUCCUGUCAGACUAUCCAGGAAGCCAUUGUUUGAGGUUCUUGUUCCUUCUCGCUGUGUCUCUGAGAGGCUGUACGUGUUCGCAGCACUGUUCGUGGAAUUCUAGCUCUCCUGAGCUGCGUUUGGAAGGUUCGAGGAUUCUCCCAAGAAUGAGGAGUCGUGUUCCAGUUCCUGCUGAAAGAUGGUUACAUGUGAUCUCCCCCACCACACCCCAAAUUAAAAUGCACCCCCCAAGGAGCUUUGCCAUUAACAGACGCAUCCUCCGUGAGCACCUCAGAAUGGCUGGUUUUCAGCAUUACGAGGAGCGCCCUGUAGGUUAUGUGGUGCUGGAAUUGGGCAGAGGAGCAGGUGUACAAGGUGACAGUUCGGGAAGUCUGACGGUUUUCUCCCUUUCCUGACAGUUGUGGUUGACUGUGAUACCGGUCCUUUUACUGUACAGCUCACUGUGUUCUCAAGUGUUUACAGGCAAGCAGUGCUUGAAAGACUGGUCAGAAUUGUGGAUCCCUCAGCCCUCCCCGGUCGGGCUGUGGGUCUGUGUCGCGGGUCGGGUUAGGAUAGGACUCUGCCGGGACCUGACCAGGGGUUGUCGGGCGCCUGACUUUUCUCGCAUCUGAAGCUCCUCCGUCGUCCCCUCCGCAGCUUCCCGUGUGUCUGUGGCCUGGUGAUCCUGUGCUGCUGGCCUGAGCCCUCCCCGUGACACAGGCGUCCGUAGAGCAGGGCCUGCGCGUGCCUGAGAGUUCUGUGUCCAGCGCUUCUCACCAAACACGAGUGUGUUGUUUAACCCGCAGAGUGAACCAUUUCAGGGCACAGCACCUGCGUGUUACAUGAGACUUUGGUGGAGGUCUGUGCGUCAGUUUAGCAGGAGGUGUUGUUUCCCUCCAGUGAGGGCUAAAGUCUGUGUGUGCAGCGAGGAAGGAUGGUCUCAAUCAGGUCCUCGUUCAGUUCUCUGAUACGAGCCACACAUACUGCCGGACAAAGCAGAGAUCCCCAUUUUGAGCACCACAGUCAGAUGUUAAAGCACCAAAGAGAUGGGAUACUAUUCUGAGCAUUUGAGAUUCCUUUCCUGAUGUGUAUGAAGUCUCAAAGUCAACUUUCUUUUAAUGUAAAACCUCGAGUAUAUUUUGAGGCAGUAAAUUACUCAUACAGGCUUGCAGGUUCACUCUGAAGGCUUUAGUGCACAUGUUUUAUAUACUGUAUUUUUAAGCCAUGUGAAAGAGUCCUAUACCUGCAUCAUGAAAACCAGAUCCUUUUAAAACACCCCUGUGUGAAGGGGAGGUGGAGAUUAGGGACUAAGCUGCAAGGGUGCUCAUAGUUUUCCCCGUGCCAGUUCUCCCACCCCAGUCUCUCAAAAUGUAAUUUGAAUUUAAAAUUCUUCACUGUGUUUAAUUUUCUAAGUCUUCAUGGUUACAAUUUGGAGUAAAAUGUGCCUAAUUUUCCAUUACAUUCUGUUCUUAGGUCUGAAUGUCUUCUUGUUUAAUUCUUAAGAAAUGUCACACAAGUGUCUUCAUUGACCUUGAAGAACCUUACAGUAUACAGAGUUGCCUUAUAAAGCAAAGAACACCUCAAAUUUUUGCCUUUUUCUUAAAUAGGGAAGAGUUUUUGUCAGAUAUUUUUUCUGAAGAUCCAAAUAAUUUAAAGGCAUGCCUCUGCCACUUAAAUAUUAUUUUAAACAACCCACAUCCUUGCGUGCUGCCAGUGUUGUGUUAAACUGGAAUCUUCCGUUGUGUCAUCGGGAACGGGCACUUGAUAGUGGGGCACAGCAGCAGCCGAAGAAGGCAUCAUGGAAGCCGCGCCGCGUGUCCUUCAUGUGGCGAAGAUCCUCUUGUUAGGCUCUGGUGAGGUUGCCGAGGGAAGUCCUUGUUCAGUGGUUGGUAUAAAGCAGGAAGAAGUCGGAUUCCCCAAACCCCAGGAGUGAUUAGAAGUGUUGAUUUACAUGCACAAGAAAUCAUGGGCUCCAUAAUUGUUUGUAAGCAGAAAUGAGUAAAUCUUAACUUCCAGCAUCUGCCCAAAUACUUGUAUUUAUGCUUUUGGUAGGAUGUUAUUUUCAGCAUUAGUACACAUAUCCGGUUAUGCCUUAUUUAUAUGAAGAAUAAAGUUACCAAGUCAUGUUCUGUAAUGUUCUGAAAUUCAAAUCACUGUGUGAGAAACCCUCAAAUUGGUGCUUUCAUUAUAUAAUGAAACAUUGCGGCAAAGCCCCAAACCAAGCCGUCUGAAACAAGAUUCUCUCCAUUGCAAUCUGUAGAAGUGUCACUUCUGUCCGUGUAUUGAGAAGGCUGCCUAUCAGUGUUAACUCUCCGUUUCUUGUUUGAAUCCAUGAAAUCAUGCCUGUAAAUCUCAGUCACACGUUUGUAAUAAUCUCCCUAAUAAACCUAGAGAAAGUUACCGUUACCUUUUCAUUUCUUUUCAUGAAAGAAAGUUAAUUGAGGGAUCAAGAGCACAGAUUCUGCAUGUGUCUUUUUUUUUUUUUCCCAGUUGAAAAUCUGACUUUGUCUUUCACAUCAUUUCAACGUGCAGAGUUACAUCACUCACAGGCGAUCUGUCCCUAGGUCUGUGCUGCUGGACUAAAGUGCUGCUUUUCCCUUCCUUCCUCCUUGGGAUAGGAUCCAGAUUGGCUUUUCAAUGUAGUAAACACGAGGAAGGGAGGGAGUGUGUGAGUGUGUGUGUGUAUCUCCACGUUCCAGAUAAACAGUAACAUUCCCAUUAUCUUAUGGUACGAGGUUAGGGCUUAAUAAAUUUGUAGAGAGAUUAAAGUGAAGUCUAAACCUGGACACUUGGUCAUCAAGUUGAACUUAGUGGCUUUUUCAGUACCAUCAACUUGCUACUAGCCUUGGCAUGUUAGUGUAACUUGCAGCACACCGCUAGCAUCCUUAUGUCUGUACUUGAGUGUAUAGUUAGCACAUAAAGAACUCAUCCUUGCGGCGUCUAGGUCUAAGCGUCUGAUUUCCAAUGGCAGAGCUUACAUGGAACAAAAAAGUGUUAGUGGUAGGGCAGUGAUCUCUGGGUUGGUAAGAGAUUUUGUGACCUUUCCAAAACAGCAUCACCUCUGAGUGAUGAACAUUUCCAGAUGGACGGAAGCAGGGCUCCAGGGGGCAUCACACUGUCAGUUCAGAAAUCUCCUGAUAGGAGGCUCCUUACUCAGUCUCUGAUCUGGGCUUGUCUCUGGAAAGCCUGUUUGUAGUAUUUCUUGCCACAGUUAAGUGUUGUGUUUGUCCUCAGUCAUGCCUGUUUAGGGGUUAAUUCUUGGAAAGGACCUGUAACAAUGCAGCAGACUAUACCGUUGACCCUUUCUUUACCUCUUACUUGAAAGUAGAAUUGCAAAAUGUUGAAAUGGCUUUUCCCUGCUACUCCAGCCUGGUGGAGCUCAUUUACCACAGAAGCCUUAUCAAAAAGUCUAUUUUGUAACAACCUGGUAGAUACUGUACCUAACAACACGAUUUGUAUUAGCUCUGUAUCAAAGUCAUUUGCGGCUUCAGAUUUUUUAUACAUCUAUCUUUUUAUAACUCUGAGAACUGAGCACAUUAUCUGGUAGUUGUUGUACAUUUUUUUUUUCUGUCAGUGCUUUAGGAUUGGCAAUAAAUUAUUUCUACAGGAGGUCUGAAAGUGGAAAGAAUGAUUUGAUUUGAUAAAAAUGAAUUGCUAGUCAUCAAGGCUUUUUACUUUUGUACAUAUUUUGCGAAAAUUUUGCCUCUUGCUAUUAAUAUUUGCUUUGUAAAAAUUACUGACGUUUAAUAAACAUUUAUAAACUGUUCCAUA